GUACAGUCUUGUGAUUGACUAGUGGACUAUCCUUGUACGACAUGGCCGUCUUCAUGAUAAACAUCUGUAAAUUUAAUGGCUGUGGCAUAACAUUUCCAAGACUAUCGGACUUAAUUGAGCACAUCGAAGACGUUCAUAUAGAUUAUGAUCCAGCUGUAGUUGAACAGAAAGAAGCUUCACAACCAGCAUGUAUCCCUUUGAGUUAUGUUCUACGGUUUUUCACGGAAGCCUCCAGGCGAGAGAUUCAAAAUCUGCCCCCUGCGUCGGAUGUUCGCCGACGUCUUCUAUCAGCACCAAAUACACCGUCAGUUCGUAGCAGCACUCCCACAGGCAGUGAGAUGGAUGAAGAUGAGUUGGUUAGUCCCUCUGAGGAUAGUAACGACUCAUGGACUACAGUUGAGGAAUACAGUUCGGAGUAUAUUCUCAGAUAUGGUGUCAAAAUGAAUGCGAGUGCUUCGUCCGGUGCAUUGGGUCCUGCCGCCCAGGAGAAACCUUUUGCUUGCCCGGUACCGGGCUGCAAGAAGAGAUACAAAAAUGUAAAUGGUAUUAAAUACCACUCGAAAAAUGGACACAAGAAAGAUGGAAAGGUAAAAAAGGCUUACAAAUGCCAAUGCGGCAAAAGUUACAAAACGGCACAAGGGCUUAAGAGUCAUUCGAUAUCACAGCACAUAGCGCAGCCAAGUGCGGCGCCGCGGAUGCCUGGACUCGUGGUCACAGCGUCCCCCGCCCACUCCCUCACUUCUCUAGGCAGCUUGGGCACCCUGGGUACGAUCGACGGGAACAAACUGGUCCGUAUAUACGACUCCAUCAAGACAAAACACCUGCCCUCCUUCACUAUACCGAAGCACACUCUCACUAGUCUAAAUAUCGUCAGUGCUAACCAGGCGCGACCUUCGGGACCCCACACGCCCACUUCCACCCCCGGCUCCAGUCCGAUCGACAAGCUUAAGCUCGGCUCGCCAAAGGUGACGGUCCAAAACACGCAGCCUCUCACGCCACUUACACCCUCUUACGGUGGUGAAGUAUCCAAUUGAUUUUCUUCAUAAACUCUAUAAAAAUGUAACUGGCACCGCAGAGGCUAAGCACGUACGAAACGAAUUUAAACUCAUUAGUCUAGUUAUCAUACAGUUCCUAAAAAAGUUAAAAAAAAAAACUUUUUUAAAUUUUUAUUUAUUUCUCAUGUUCAUAUUUCGUUAUCACUCAUUAUAUGAAGGUGUGUGCACCUGCUUGCGUGCGUGUUAUAUAAAUAUAAUUAUUUAAUUCAUUAUACGUAUUAGUAUAAUACAUUAUUUGCACAAUAUUUGUAUUUAAUAUCGCACCUUCAUCUAACGAGAUUAAUAAGGUACAAACAUUUCGUUUGUUGAAAAUUUGUUUUUAAGAUUUUAAAGCAAACGAGGAUCUAUGAUCGUUCAUGAUUAAAUAAUGGAAGCUCAGGAAAUAACUAUUAUGUGCCUAAAUAAAGCGAUUUCUUUCGUACUAAAGACGAAAUUGAAUUGUAGAAAUAUGGCCUGUCAAUUUCCGAGUUUAUUAUUUAUUUAUUAUCAGUCAAAAGACAAUUUUUAUUGUACUGCGCCAAGUCUGAAUUUUAUUAAUUUAUUUAAAACAAUUCACGUCUUCCCUACAUCGAUGUCACAACACUGUGAUUUUUAUCAAACGAUUUUGAUUUCUAUGAAUAUUCUAAUAGGUGUCAAAACCAUUUGACUAUAUAUGCGUAGGGCAUUAGCAUGUAUAAUGAAUGAUAUAAUCAUUUAUCUCUUUGUGCCAUUAAUUCUAAUGUUUGUGUACUUAAUUUAUAUUUCACGCAGUAGCUUCAUAAUGUUAAAAUUAUUUAUUAUAAUUAUGGACAUCUGCAAGAUGUUAGAUUUUUAUAAUUAAUAUAAUAAAAAUAAAUAAAAAAUAGCAUUUGCUGUAAGUAUGGUUUGAAGCUAGGUUAUAAAUAACAUACUCAUAAAUGUGAUAUAAUACUUAGAAAAAGUAAAAAAAAAAGCUUGUAAGCGUACACUUAUUUAACAUAAUAUGUAGUUGUAAGGUUUUCGAUUGGUAAUUUAAUGCGAACUGUAGCACAUUGUACUGAGUGCGCAAUCUAGUAAUGGUGCCUUUGUUUUAAAAUAUCAUGCCCAAGGUUACAGUCAAACUGGCGUAGGGCGCGAAAUAUUUGUGAAUGGAAACAAUUAAUUGAAAUUAGCUAUGGAUGUUGUUUUGUAUGUGUAUAGCUUAAACAUAAAAAAUAAUAUUGAAAAUCAAUGAAAAAUAUUAUGAAGAAAUAUUUAAUCACACGUAUAAGCCUACAGCCACCAUGUUUUACUGACAUCGAUUUGUUUUGAAUUCGGUAAAAAAUAUACAAAGUUACGUUACUACCAGCGCCGGUUUGACACUAAAACGGCGUGAUUAAAGUUUGCUAAUUUUAUAUAGAUAAUCUAAGAUCUGAUCUCCUGAUUGUCACAUAAAUAUAAUACUCGCCAAAUAAUUUUUAUGAUAGAACCUCAUCACGAACAAUGCCAUAAAUUACGAUUUAUAAUACCAAGUAUAACUUAUAUGGGUCUUGUACUAUAUAUAUAAUAUUUCGUUGGGUAAAUUUGGUCAAAAAAUUGUCAUUGUACAAGUUUAUUUUAUUUAAAUAAAUGAAUAAAUAUGGAGGUAUGAUAUAUAUGAUUACGUGAUUAAUCAGUAAGUAUUUAAUAUUUUCAAACAAUACUUGCAAAUUGGACCAAAAGCAUAUUUUCACCCAUUUGUUGUACAAUUUCGGGUAUUAUAGAUGAGUAUAUUAUAAU